AUGGGACCUGGGCGCGCGGCGCCGCAGGACCCGCCCCGCGCGUCCCCGCCGCCGUUCCGUCCCCGCCGCCCGCUGUCCGCCGUGCGCUCGGCCCCGCCGCCCCGGCCUCCGCUCCCUCUUCCCUGCGCCGCGCCGGCGCCGCCGCCCGCUCCGUCCCCGCCGCCCCGGCCUCCGCUCCCUCUCCACCGCGCCUCGCCGGCGCCGGCGCCCGCAGCCCUGGCGCUCCCCGCCGGCCCCGCCGAGGCCGCCUGCGCCCUGUGCCAGCGCGCGCCCCGGGAGCCGGUGCGUGCCGACUGCGGCCACCGCUUCUGCCGGGCGUGCGUCGUGCGUUUCUGGGCUGAGGAGGACGGGCCCUUCCCGUGCCCGGAGUGCGCUGACGACUGCUGGCAGCGCGCCGUGGAGCCGGGUCGCCCGCCGCUCAGCCGCCGCCUGCUGGCACUCGAGGAGGCGGCCGCGGCGCCGGCGGGGACGCGCGACGGCCCGGCCAGUGAGGCUGCGCUGCAGCUGCUGUGCCGCGCCGACGGGGCCCCGCUGUGUGCCGCCUGCCGCAUGGCUGCAGGCCCCGAGCCGCCCGAGUGGGAGCCGCGCUGGAGGAAGGCGCUGCGCGGCAAGGAGAACAAAGGGUCGGUGGAGAUCAUGAGAAAGGAUCUGAAUGACGCCCGGGACCUGCAUGGCCAGGCCGAGUCAGCGGCCGCUGUGUGGAAGGGACAUGUGAUGGAUCGCAGGAAGAAGGCGCUGACUGACUACAGGAAGCUGCGGGCCUUCUUCGCGGAGGAGGAGGCGCACUUCCUGGAGGAGGCUGCAAAGGAGGAGGGCUCCCCUGAGGACGAGCAAGCUGACCCUGCGGAGCGGUUCCGGUCCCUGCUGCAAGCUGUGUCGGAGCUGGAAAAGAAGCACCGCAACCUGGGCCUCAGCAUGCUGCUGCAGUGACGUUGCUGAGUCGGGGCAAAAAGGCCGCUCCUCACAGCUGGCCCUCUCCUGCAUCUCUGUCUCCGUGGACCCCACUGGUGAUGGCUGGGGACUGUGCUCCACAGGCGCCCCCAUUUCCUCAUGUCGUUUCCUGUCUCAGCAGUCUGGUCUUGGGGUGUGUACCCCCCCCAAGUGCACCCCAGAGUUCCCCCCACCUGCUGGACAGCCUAGGUCCUUGGUUUUGCCUCAAGGGUCCCCAAUUCCAGCCCUCCUGAGGGGUACCUGGAGUCUUGUCCUGGCCUGAGGCGCCCUAGUGACCAUGGGAAAGUGGGGACUCAGCUUCAGGACAGGGAUGAAAGGCAGGUUCUCACCUCCCCUGGCUCCCCUGCCAUUUCUUCACCACCUGUCCCCCCAUCUCGAUGCCAAGGCCCCCUCCCUACCUCAGCUGAAUCCCUGUCAUUUCUCAAGCCUGUGUCUGCGAGUGACCCAUGCCCACUGGUGUCCCCAGAAGGUGGAGGUGGGGCAUAAAUGUUUAGCUUCUCCACCCACAGUGUGUGUCUUGGGGUUCCCUGGGAGUCCCCUGCAGGGUGUCCAGCCGUCUGACCUAUCCCUGCGUGGGCUCCCUCUGCUGAAUAAAGUGGGUGUGUCUUG